CGCGAGGGGUGUUUUCUUGUUUGGAAAAUGUGUAGAUGUCAAAUCUGACAGUAGUGAAUGUUUCAAGUGCAAUAAUAUGGAAUUAUGUACAAAAACGGGAUAUCUAUUGUAUGCUUAGUAGUGUUUUUUCUUGAAGCAAACGGUGCAAAAUUACGAGAAGUUUCGGUUGAUUUAGGUCAAAACUUGACUGUACCAUGUCCCAUUCACAAAACACAGGAUGUAAUGUGGGUGAGGGAGGAGGAAAAGGAAGAGGGGUCACAAAGAAUGACGGUUCUGGAAAAUGGGGCCCUUUUUAUCUUUGCAGUUGACAGAAAUGACUCUGGAAAUUACACAUGUAGCAGGGAGAAUAUCGUCAACUCGGAUGUGAGAGCAACAGUUAAAAUCACAGUUAAAUCGCCUCCGCCUCCUCUGUUAAACGUCUCGGUGAGACCGAGCACGAUCCUGGCCCUCAUUUUGUGGGACGUCGGGGGUAAUGGAGGUUACCCAAUUAUUAAUUUCACCGCUCAGUACCGACUGGCUUACGCCGGCGGAAACUGGCUACCCAUUUCACCCAAUCAUAUCACACCAAACUCUCGACAAAUAGAAGUCUAUAAACUCAUACCAAACACAACCUAUGAAUUUAGAAUAUGGGCCACAAAUCAACUAGGUAGGGGGGAGGUUACUGAUGUUAUGGGUACUACCCUUGAUAUUUACCAGGAACAAGAGUUAGCAAGGCAUUUAUUAGAAGGUGCCGAUAAGUUUGACACAAGAGUUUGGGCGGUUGCAGUCGGUAUAGUUAUGGGAACGUUAGUUUUGCUAGCAUUUGGAACUUGUUUUUUGCUGUACCAAGAAUGCAGAAUGGCCACAGUUAUCGAAGAGCAAGAAAUCAUCGAACUGGUUCCCAAUAUAAUUUUGAACCCGGGUUUUGACGGCAACGCUCAGCAACAAAACGAAGCGAACAUGCCCGCUGACGAAAAUUCGAACAACGAGACGCCCAUGCGUCUCAACAACAACACCGUGGUCCAGCCGAGGGUGGUGUAGGGUACAUGUAUACAGGGGUAACAAAUAAAACUGAAUUUUCGUAAACGAUCCACCGAGACAAAUCAAAUUCGAAUAGUCGAUAUUA